GCCGCGGAGCCCCUCCCCCGGCAGGGGGAUGUGGCGAUGGGUGAGGGUCAUGGGGUGUGAGCAUCCCUGAGCUGUCGAUCCGGGAGGGCCGCGGGUUCCCUUGCCUGGCCGCCGCGAGCAGCGCACGCAGCCCCGCACUCGCCUACCCGGCCCCCGGCGGCGGCGCGGCCCAUGCGGCUGGGGGCGGAGGCUGGGAGCGGGUGGCGGGCGCGGCGGCCCGGGCCCGGGCGGUGAUUGGCCGCCUGCUGGCCGCGACUGAGGCCCCGGCGGCGGGCGGGGAGCGCAGGCGGAGCCCGCGGCUGCCGAGCUGAGAAGAUGCUGCUGUCCCUGGUACUCCACACGUACUCCAUGCGCUACCUGCUGCCCAGCGUCGUGCUCCUGGGCACGGCGCCCACCUACGUGCUGGCCUGGGGGGUCUGGCGGCUGCUCUCCGCCUUCCUGCCCGCCCGCUUCUACCAGGCGCUGGACGACCGGCUCUACUGCGUCUACCAGAGCAUGGUGCUCUUCUUCUUCGAGAAUUACACCGGGGUCCAGAUAUUGCUAUAUGGAGAUUUGCCAAAAAAUAAAGAAAAUAUAAUAUAUUUAGCAAAUCAUCAAAGCACAGUUGACUGGAUUGUUGCUGACAUCUUGGCCAUCAGGCAGAAUGCGCUAGGACAUGUGCGCUAUGUGCUGAAAGAAGGAUUAAAGUGGCUCCCAUUGUAUGGGUGUUAUUUUGCUCAGCAUGGAGGAAUCUAUGUAAAGCGAAGUGCCAAAUUUAAUGAGAAAGAGAUGCGAAACAAGUUGCAGAGCUAUGUGAACGCAGGAACUCCAAUGUAUCUUGUGAUUUUUCCAGAAGGUACAAGGUAUAAUCCAGAGCAAACAAAAGUCCUUUCAGCUAGUCAGGCAUUUGCUGCCCAACGUGGCCUUGCAGUAUUAAAACAUGUGCUGACACCACGAAUAAAGGCAACUCACGUUGCUUUUGAUUGCAUGAAGAAUUAUUUAGAUGCAAUUUAUGAUGUUACGGUGGUUUACGAAGGGAAGGACAAUGGAGGGCAGCGAAGAGAGUCACCGACCAUGACGGAAUUUCUCUGCAAAGAAUGUCCAAAAAUUCAUAUUCACAUUGAUCGUAUCGACAAAAAAGAUGUCCCAGAAGAACAAGAACAUAUGAGAAGAUGGCUGCAUGAACGUUUUGAAAUCAAAGAUAAGAUGCUUAUAGAAUUUUAUGAGUCACCAGAUCCAGAAAGAAGAAAAAGAUUUCCUGGGAAAAGUGUUAAUUCCAAAUUAAGUAUCAAGAAGACUUUACCAUCAAUGUUGAUCUUAAGUGGUUUGACUGCAGGCAUGCUUAUGACCGAUGCUGGAAGGAAGCUGUAUGUGAACACCUGGAUAUAUGGAACCCUACUUGGCUGCCUGUGGGUUACUAUUAAAGCAUAAACAAAUAGCUGUCUCCAGACAAUGGGAUGUGCUACAUUGUCUAUUUUUGGCGGCUGCACAUGACAUCAAAUUGUUUCCUGAAUUUAAUAAGGAGUGUAAAUAAAGCCUUGUUGGUUGAAGAUUGGAUAAAAUAGAAUUUGUGACGAAAGCUGAUAUGCAAUGGUCUUGGGCAGACAUACCUGGUUAAUACAACUUUAGCACCAGGGCUGCUGGAAGGGUAAAAGCUAAAUGGAGUUUCUCCUACUCUGUCCAUUUCCCAUGAACUAACGACAACUUGAGAAGGCUGGGGGGAUUGUGUAUUUUGUAAGUCAGAUGACUGCAUUUUUGAGCAUUAAUUUGCAGCAUAUUUUACUUUCUCUGUUAUUUUCAAUUUAUUACAACCUGACAGCUCUAAGGUCUUAUUACUAAAGUAUUUAGUAUCUUGCAGCUAGCUAAUAUUUCAUCUUUUGCUUAUUUCUACAAGUCAGUGAAAUAAAUUGUAUUUAAGAAGUGUCAGGAUGUUCAAAGGAAAGGGUAAAAAGUGUUCAUGGGGAAAAAGCUCUGUUUAGCACAUGAUUUUUAUUGUAUUGCAUUAUUAGCUGAUUUUACUCAUUUUGUAUUUGCAAAAUAAAUUUCUAAUAUUUAUUGAAAUUGCUUAAUUUGCACACCCUGUACACACAAAAAAUGGUAUAAAAUAUGAGAAAGAAGCUUAAAAUUGUGAUUCUGAUUCAUUAUAGCAGAACUUUAAAUUUCCCAGCUUUUUGAAUAUUUAUGCUAUUAAUACUUCCCUAUGUCUGUGCCAUAAGUGCUUGAAAACAUUAAGGUUUUCUGUUUUGUUUUUUUUUAAUAUCAUAAUAGUCAGUGUGAACCUUGGUUGGACCCCAAGUUCACAAGAUUUUUAAGGUGAUGAGAGCCUGCAGACAUUCUGCCUAGAUUUACUAGCAUGUGCCUUUUGCCUUCUUCUCUUUGAUUUAACAGAAUAUUCAGAAGUCGCGUUUCUGUAAUGUGGUGGAUUCCCACUGGGCUCUGGUCCUUUUCCUUUGGAUCCCGUCAGUGGUGCCGCUCAGCGGCUUGCACGUAGACUUGCUGGGAAGAAAUGCAGAGCCAGCCUGGGCUGCCCACUUUCAGAGCUGACCUCUUUAAGUCCUUGUGAGUGGGCUUCACCAGCUACUGCAGGGGCAUUUUGCAUUUGUCUGUGUCAAGAAAUUCACCUUCUCAAGCCAGUGAAAUACAGACUUAAUUCAUCAGGACUGAACGAAUUUGUUUAUUUUCCAUUAGGUUUAGUGGAGCUACACAUUAAUAUGUAUCACCUUAGAGCAAGAGCUUUGUUCCAGGAACCAAAUCACGUUUUUCAGCCAUGGAACAAUGUAUCCCAUGGGAGAAGACCUUUCAGUGUGAACUGUUCUAUUUUUGUGUUAUAAUUUAAACUUUGAUUUCCUCAUAGUCCUUUAAGUUAACAUUUCUGCUUACUGCUACUGGAUUUUUGUUGCAAAAAUAUAUCAGUGGCCCACAUGAAACAUACCAAUUGGAUCAUGGUAAGCAAAAUGAAAGAAAUAAUGAUUAAGGGAGAAUCAAGUGACUGUGUUACACUGCUUCUCCCAGGCCAGAGAAUAAACUGUUUCAAACAUCGUCUUUGAAGAGUCGUGUGGUGUGAAUUGAUUUAGAAUGUAUGCAUACAUCCACGCACACUCAGGAUACAGUUGGCCUAAUCAUCAGUGGGGCAUGGGUAAAACUUAUGAAAAGUUUCCUCAUGCCGAAUUAUAAUUUUCUCUUACCUGUAAAGUAAAAUUUAGAUCAAUUCCAUGUCUUUGUUAAGUACAGGGAUUUAACAUAUUUUGAAUAUAAUGGAUAUGUUCUAAAUUUGAACUUUGAGAGGCAAUACUAUUGGAAUUAUGUGGAUUCUAACUUAUUUUAACAAGGCAGUCUGACCUGCAUAAGAUCACUUGAAUGUUAUGUUUCAUAGAACUAUACUAAUCUUCUCACAAACGGUCUAUAAAAUAUAGUAGUUGAAAAAAUUUUUGUAUCAAAAUGUUUGGAAAAUUAGAAGCUUCUCCUUAACCUGUAUUAAUACUGACUUGAAUUAUUUUCUAAAAUUAAGGCCGUAUACCUACCUGUAAAUCUUUUCACAUAUCAUUUAAACUUUUGUUUGUAUUAUUACUGAUUUACAGCUUACUUAUUAAUUUUUCUUUAUAAGAAUGCCAUUGAUGUGCAUGCUUUUAUGUUUUUCAGGAAAGGGUGUGUUUGGAUGAAAGUAAAAAAAUAAUAAAAUCUUUCACUGUCUCUAA